UUGACCCAUCAUCACAGCAAUAAGAAACUCGGACAGCGAGGGAGCAUCCGGCUAAAGACAGCUAACCAGCAGAGAGACACCCAACCAAGCGACAGCAUGAAGAUAUUUGUGACGGUUCUCGUGGGGGCCAUGUGCCUGAGCCUCAGCCAGGCUGACAUUAGUUUGACCCAGGCGGGCUACAACUACAACCGCAUCCAGCAGCAGCAACAGCAGCCGCCUGUGGUGGCCCAUCUGUUGAACCAGCAGCUGCAGCAGCAACUCCAGCCCCAGCAAUCCUCCCACCCCGUGCUGCCACCUCUUCCACUGCCCUAUCUGCCACCCGGUGGUGGCCAGUUCCCAUCCCAUCCCGCCCCUCGUCCCACCACCGGCUCCUUCCCCAUGCCCACCAACUUCCCCAUCAACUUCCAAACUGCUCCCGUCCAGCAGCAGCGACGUGCCCGCCCGCGGGUGAGGAUUCCCAAACGUCCCAUUGUGACCAAGAACUUCUUCAUCCACUCGGCGCCCGAGGAAUCCGAGGAUGAGGUGCAGGAUGAGCUUAACCAGUUGGCCCAGCAGCCACGCAACCACUACAAUGUGCUGUUCGUCAAGACGCCGUCGCAAACGAACCGUGCCGCGGCUCUUAACCUGGCCAAGACCCUCAAGCAGGAGAAGACGGUGGUCUAUGUGCUGGCCAAGAAGACGACCGCCUCCGAUCUGCAGGACGCCAUUGCCGAGACGCCGCAGCACAUCAACAAGCCGGAGGUGUUCUUCAUCAAGUACCGCACUCCCGAAGAGGCGCUGAAUGCCCAGCGGCAGAUUCAGUCGCAGUACGACACCCUGGGAGGCAGUUCCACCAUCACCGACGAGGGAGUGGCCCCCAUUACCUCGGUGGUCGGAUCCCUGGAUCCCCCAGAGGAGGAGGAGGAGGAGCAGCAGCAGCAGCAGUCAGAGGGCCACUUUGUGGAUAAUGGCGCAGGAAAUUCCGGCGUCGGUCCCAUCGGCAAUCAUUAUCUGCCCGCGAACCAGUUCUAAGUAUUCUUCAUUGCCCGUCACAUCCAGUUCUAGUUAGCUGUCAUCAAUACCUCUUAGUUUUAAGUAAUUGCCAGUUAAAAUACAAUUUAAAA